AUGGAAGAGGGGUAUGAGCAGCAUGCGGCACCCUAUGUUCGCUUGCCGCUGGCUGCGGUGCACAAAUGCGGGGAAGCCGUCAUCCGGGGGGCGCAUCUCACAUCUGCUCGCUUUCCCGACCCUGCCACCAUCCUGCGCGAAGCCAUCUCCCUCUUCUCCCUCCUGCCGGCUCCAAUCACCGCAGUGGAUGAAAGCCUUAAGCACGAAGAUGACGAUCAGGAGGCCCUGCAGGUGCUGGAGGAGGUAGUCAAGAGGGCACACGACACCUUCAUCGAGCUCGUGUGGAGCCAGCAGGCCUACAGCUCCUUCUGGUCGCCCCACCCGAGCCAAGCCGGCGGCGGUGGCACAGCUUCGCAGCGCUCGACCAAGCAGGCGGCCAGCUACUUCCGCCGCGACCCGUGGCCGCUGCUGCGCGCCCACUUCGUCGCCCGCAUGGCUCGCACCCCCAUUCCCGCUGCCGCCGCGACCGUCAACGGCGAGAAGGGCCUCGUGCUCUGCCUCGACCUCGAGGGCCUGUGGAAGCUCCUCGUGGAGGAGUACUGGUGGCGGUGGUUUGCGUCGGUUUCGGCGGAAGAUGCGGGCUCGGCCUCGCAGCCGGCCUCCCCGCGACAUUCGGUGCCGAGCUCGCCGGUGCCGUCAUCACCCGCCACCGCCGGAGGUCACUCGCUACGCACCUCCACCGGUGGCGGCUGCGGGCAUCCGCCUUCCUGCGUGUGCUUCAACCUCUCCUCCCUCUCCUCCACAUCUUCUUCUCCCCGCGGUUGGCAUCUGGGUGGCAUGAACCGGACCAGGCAUUCGUUCACGUGCUUCCUCCUCUUUGGCACGCUAUGGGCGCGAGAGCUGGCCCCGUUCCUCAGCCCCUCCCACCUGCAGAAGGGGGCCGUCGCGCCGGGCGACCACUUCCUCCUGAUCGACGUCGACAACUGCGCCAAAGACUUUGUGGAGAGCAGCGUGCCGUCGCACGUGAAGAUCUAUGGCUUCUGUGGCGCGGGCUAUUCGCAGGGCUCGGCCUCGCCCGCGUUUCACCGCCUGACGGAGAAGGGGAUCAUGCACCUCAUCCCGUGCCCCGUGGGCACCAGCUCCCCGGGGAGCGACGACGAGCGGUCGGCGGCGGAGCGGAGCGUGGGCGGGCGGGCGAUGGCGGACUUCUUCAACGCGUUCUACGACAACGGAUGCGAUCGCAAGUACAAGAACGCGGCGGACUACCUCCUGAGCAUGUUCGCCGGCGUCAUCCACGUCCUGUUCCCCAUGGACGUGCCCAUCUGGAUCCUCUCCCACGACGACGGACUCGAGAACACGGCGGAAGCUGUGUGGUGCCGCGGGCGGGAGGCCGGUCGGGUGCCCACGAAACACAUCACCGACCACUCCCUGUGGACCAUCGUGCGACACGACGCCCUGCUCCGCUCGGCCCCGCUGCAUCCGCCGAUGGUGCCGUCGUCUGGCCCGAGCCAUGCGGCCGCCGCCGCCGCGUACGUGGAUGGCUACGGCGAGGGGUUCCUCGGCUGGGGCCUCAGCGAAGAGGCCACAUUCGGCCGGGGCGGCAGCCUCACGGGCUUCAUGGACAACGCGUGGACCAAUCACUACGACGUCGCCAUACGCCGCGUAGUGCCCCGCGCCCAGUACGACGCCCUCUUCCCAGCCGCGCCACCAGCAACAGGGACAACGAUCGCAGUGUUGCCGAUGACCGCGUCGAUGUCGGCCGAUCCGGCCCAGGAACUCAGCAUCGGGACAAACACGCGCAAGCGACGCCAGCGGGAGGACGAAGCGGCGGAUCGUGCGCAGAUCAAGGAGCGCAACGGCCAUUCACCGCCCAAGGAAAAGCGGCACAGGGAGAACGAUGACGAAGGCGAUGCCGACCAGGGCGCGUCGCAGCGGCCGCAGGUCGAGCAGCAGCACAUCAGCUUCGGGGAGCGGGUGAGCGUGCAGUGGAACGGCAGCAGGUACGAGCGGUCGGUGCUCAAGAAGGACCACGUGAUCACCCGCGCCGGGGACACCAAGGACCCGCUCCCGCACCACGUCGUGCCCGCCAUCUCCCUGCCCGCGAGCGGCCACGUCAACCUCACCCUGCGCGGCCACCGCUUCAGCAGCAAGGGCAUCGCCCUCCUGGGCGAGGUGCUCUCGGUGCCGUCGGUGGUGGUCAAGUCGCUCGACCUGCGCGGCAACCGCCUCGGGGACGGCGGGAUCGACCGACUCGCCGAUCUGCUGUGCACCGGAGCGCUCGGGCGGCAGCUGACCUCGCUUGACAUCCGCGGCAACGAAAUCGACGACCGAGGAACGGUGGACCUGGCGCGGUUCCUCGCCACAACGGACACCUUGCGCUACUUCGACCUCCGAUGGAACAAGGUGGGCGUGGUCGGCGCUCGCGCCGUGGCGCAGGCCCUGGCCCACAAUACCAGCGUGGGCAUCGUCAACCUGCGCGAGAACAGGCUGGGCAUGGACGGCGUGAUGACGCUCGCCGACUUCCUGCUCACCAACCGGUCGGUGUACAGCCUCGACCUGCGGGCCAACAUCAGUCCGCCCACGGAGAUGAACUACCGCAUCGGCGAGAGCGGCGAUGAGGCGAUCAAGUACCUGGGCGCCCUGCUCAAGCUCAACUCCACCGUCACCCAUCUCGACCUGUGCUCCAACAGCAUCGGGUCGGAGGGGGCGAUGGCGUUGGCCAGCGCGUUGGAGUUCCGGUCGUCGCUGUACAUUCUCCACCUGGACUUCAACAAGAUCGACUUCGCGGGCGUGCGGGCGCUCGGCCGAUCGCUUCUCGUCAACCAGAGUCUGCUCGUGUUGACGCUCGCGCACAAUUUCCUCGAAGACGACGCUGUCUGUGCGCUCGCCAAGGCGCUCGCCACCAACGCAACGCUCACCAAGCUCGACCUCCAAAAGAAUCACGUAUCGAACAAGGGGGCGAGCGCGCUGGCGGAGGCGCUGAAGACGAACCAGACACUCACCGAGCUGUACUUGAGCUACAACGGCGUGGGCGACGCCGGGGCCUAUCGCCUCGCCGACGCGCUCAAGCACAACGACGGCCUUCUUAGCCUGGAGCUUGAGAACAACAAGAUCACCUCGCGUGGCGGGAAGGCGUUUGCAUCGAUGCUGGCGAGAAAUACGACGCUGCGGUUCUUCAACCUGUCGGGCAACCUCAUCACUGACGAGGGCCUCACAGCCAUCUCGCGCGCCCUGAUGAGCAACCGGGCCUCUUCCCUACUCGACCUACAAGUUUCUGGUGUUGAUGGGCGAGACGAGUGCUGGGACGUGCUGCGUGAGAUGUUGCGGCACAACCGCCGCCUGCUCCGCUUGGACGUCUCCAGCAACCCGCUCUACCACCCGCUGUGCGGACGCCGCCCCGCGCGGUUUGCAGUGCGGGACUCCUCGCCCGACGACGACGAGGCGCUGCGCAGUCGGUGGAAAGACAAGCGCAGCUUCCUGCGUUCGUCCGGCGGCAGCGGCGCGGUGGUGCCUCUGCUGGCCAUAUCGCCACCGUCGCCGGCUUCCGUGCAGGCCGGCGGUCUGAUGAGCCCGCCGCAGUCUGCGCCGGCGCGCAAUCGCUACCAGGCCGACGGCGGCAACCGCCACCAGGUCGAUACGACGAACGCUCGACAUCCGCACCACCACCAUCAGUAUCAUCCGCACAACCGCCUGCGCAACACGUUCCUCUUGGAGUGGCUGCAGCUCGAGCCCGUGGCCGCGCAGGCCGACGAGGUGAGCGCGGCCAUCGCCGAGCGAUCGUCGCACAUCGAACUGCUGUGCGAAGAGGAGGACAGCGAAGAGGACGACGAUGACGGGGACGAGAGGGCGAGUAGGGGUCCCUACAACAUCUGCCGCAUACUCGAGGAGAACACGUCGCUCGUGUGGCUGGUGAUGGCCAACGCCAACCUGCACAUGAACUCCGCCGCUGCCGCCGCGAGCAAGCCCAAGCCCCGCGGCAAGCGCGGACGCCGGCUCGCGCGCAAGGCCGCCCGGGAACGCCUGGAAACAGUCGACAGCAACCAAGACGAAGUGCGGGAGGACAAAGAGGAGGAAGAGGAGACCUUCACCAUGGACGAGGAGUUGAUCACGGAUGAGGACGGGGAGGACCAGGACGCUGUGAAGCGCACGACGCAGAGCUAUCGCUUCAUGCGUUCGCUGUCGCGGGCGCUGGCGCGCAACGGCAACCUGACGAGCCUCGACCUGUCGUGGAAUCGACUGGACGCGGCCACGAUCGCGCCGCUCGCCGAGGCGCUCGACAACCGGCGGCAGGCCAACGCCGGCCUCAGCCUUCUCACCACGCUCGUGCUCCGCGGGAACCGCCUGCAGGACGAAGGCGUCGCCGUGCUCGCCCGCAGUCUCCUCAACAACUGCACCGUCACCACGCUCAACCUCGAUACCAACCGCAUCACAGAUGAGGGCAUCAAAGCGGUGGAGGACUUGGUGGCGGGCAACGAGGUACUGGCGUUCUUGUCUCUGGUGAGCAACGGCAUCAAGGGCGAGGGGCUGCUGGCGCUCGGGGCGGCCCUGCGACACAACCGAUCCAUCGUGAAGCUCUCCCUCGAGCGCAACCCGCUGGAGCGGGAGGCCGUCGCCGCCUUCUGGCAGCUCCUCGCCUCCGUCAACCUCCAGCGAGGACCCACCAGCGACGUCGAGUUCGUCAACAUUGGCAUCUGA